CAAGGUGAAGCCAUUUGGUCUAAAGUUGUGAUAGAUAAUUUUCCUGUAGUGUAAAAACUACAAUCAGGGAGUUAAUUUGGGCGUUUGAAGACUUUAACAUUUUGAAUCUAAUAGUACAAUCUGUAUAGAUAUAGAAUAACUUGCAAAAGUAUUCAUACCUAUUCCCCUUUUGUUUUGUUUUAACCAGAAACUUUAGUUUGCUAUACUGGGAUUUUAUGGGACAGACUAACACACAGUAGUAGCUUUGGACAUUAAAGACGUAAAUGGUUACCCAUUCUUAAGAUUGGUUUGUGGCAAUAAUGGCCUUUAUUUUUGUGAUUUUUCCUAGGUAGGCAGACAGGAAGUGGAGAGGAGAAGACGUGCAGCAUAGGUCUCUGGGGUUGGGACUUGAACAGUGGCACAUUGGCAACGCUGUCCUGACCCAUCAUGUCAGUGUCACGGGACGCUAUGACGUUGUUAGGCUCGUUUUCUUUCCAGUAGCUGACAUCCCACUUGGUAGUGUGAGGUUGUGAGAAUCCUUUGCUUCCUCUAGACCUGGAUAGCUUUCCAUAAUUGAUGGAAUCAUGAAUGUUGCUCUCUAUCAGAACAUCCUUGCUAGAGACAAUCAGACAGGGCCUGGAGAUUAAUCACACUUCAGUUAUAUAGCAGGAGAAUGAUCCAAAGCACAGCAGCAAAUUCACAUGAAGCUUUGGAGUGGCCUAGCCAAAGUCCAGACUUAUUACAUACUAAUUUAAAUACUGUAGUAUGACCUUAAACACACUGUUCAUACUCAAAAACCCUCCAACAUGGCUGAAUUAAAACAUUUCUGCAAAGGAGAGUGGGCCAAAAUUCCUCAGUGGUGAUAUUAAAGACUCAUUGCCAGUUAUUGCAAACCCUGGAUGUCAGUUGUUGCAGCUAAGGGUGGCACAAACACUUCUUAGGGUUAGCGGGCAAUUACUUUUUCACAUAGGUCCAGGGUGUUUUGGAGAGCUAUUUGUCCUUAAUGAAUGAUUUUGAAAAUCUGCUUUUUGUAUGGAACAUUAACAGAAUAAAUCUGUGAAGGGGUAAAUAUAUUUAUUUGCAGGUUUAUGACACAUUGUUCUUUUUUGAUUAGUUUUAGACAUUCUCUGAGAAUGAUGGCAUCAAGUAAAUUUUUUAAAUAAAUAAAUUCCUCUUUAAUGUAUUUUGUGUUUCCAUUUUACAGACUAUACUCUGGCUUUAAAAUAGUCAUUAUAGCUAAUUAGACAUUUGUAAAUAAGAAAUUGUUAUUAAUAUUUCGCCUGGUGAAAUAAAGGUUUAAUAAUAAUGUUUAAAAUGUGAUGGUAUGCUUUUAAUUACAUUUUGAUUAGAAAAACUGUGAUAUAACAAACGUAUAAUUCAUCUCAAAGAAUGCCCACAUUGGUAUAUAGGUCUUUUCAGUACUGAUGAAAGACAAGCAGGCCUAUAAUGUUUUUUUUUUUCUUGCAGUUUGUUUUUUUCUUCUUUGCGGUGAGAGUUCUUUCACACUGAGCGGAAGGCAGAACAUGUUUUGUAGUUUUAUCUUGAUCUAAGGUCAACUCUGCCCCAGAUCACACCCCUAUUUGUGGAGAGCCUCAAAGCCUUGCUGCAAGAAGCAGUCUGUCUCUGACAGACACACGGUCAAAAUCAAGCACAGGAGAAUCCUAAAUGUCAUUGUCUUGAUGAGAGGGUCCAGACAGCCAACAGGCGGAAACUUUGCUUGAAUAGUUUUGCACAGAUGACCGUGAAGAGAGACCGGCAGGAAACAUGUCUUAUAAUAAGGAGUUGAUGGAGAAUAUUCCAUUUGUACCUCCGCUGGCUCUCCGCGGUAUCUCCAUGAGCAGCGGCUCUGCGGGCUACAAGGAUGCGCUCCGGCUAGGGAUGCCCUUCCACAUCGACGCCGCGUACCUCGACCGUGGUUUCCACUGCAGGCGGUUGCCCUGCUUCCCCUUCCCAACUCCCUUUGGCGUGUGCGAGUACUCCUUCGAGCCGGCGUUCGUCCAGAAGAGGAACGAGAGGGAGCGGCACCGGGUGCGCUGCGUAAACGAGGGUUACGCGCGGCUCCGGGAGCACCUGCCGCGGGAGUUUGAGGACAAGCGGCUCAGUAAGGUGGAGACGCUGCGGGCGGCCAUUGACUAUAUCAAACACCUGCAGGGCCUGUUGGACGUGGACGUCUCCGGGAUGGAGAUCUCGUACGGAGAGGCGCGAAGCUGCGCGGCUCUUCGGAGGAGGACAGAGUGCGGCAGUGAUGGAGAAUCCAAAACCAGCAUAAGCGACAGCGGGGACAAUGUUUACUGAAGACUUCUAAUUCACACAUACCAGAUAAUGGUAUUAAAUACAACUAAUAUACAGCAGUAAAUAUAUGUAAAAAGUGUUCAAAUGAAUUAAUUUGUUAUUGCAGGGGCAUAAUCUGAUACUGAAAAAUCCAACCAUCAAAAUGACUACACUUUUUAAAAAUAACUUUUAAAAGGUUUGACUUAGGAUGUGAAAUAAACCUACAGCAUGACAGAUCCUCCACCAUACCUUGGACUAAACACAAGUUGCUCUUAGUCUUAUCUGACCAAAGCUCACAGUUCCAUCUAAAGUCUCAUUAGAAUUGAUCAAAAUCCACACAUUUGCGUUUGUUAUGAUGGGACAGAGGAGGUCAUUUCGGGCAUGCAUCCCCAACUUUUAACAGUUGAUAGCAUCUAAUGGUUUGUAUGGAGAUUUGGUGACCCCAGGAUGUCUCUCUUUGCUGCAGCGAGCUUUGGAGAUUUGUUUAAUUCCCAUCCUCCUCCCUCUGUAUAGUUGCAACAUAAAUAUGGAUCCUUG